AUGUCUGAAAAGAAAAGGUUUGGUUCGAGGAUAUCGUCAAUUUUUGGUCAGAAUUCAUCAAAUGACAAAAAAUCACAACCAAAUACAAUACCUUCCUCGGUAAAUUCUUCAUUGAAUGUCCCAUCCUCAUCCUUAAAUUCAAGAUCCAAAGGAUUAUCGACAUUAUCUUCACCAAAUCCAAAACCCUUGAAUAAAACACCCUUGAGAAAUCAUGCUAGCUCAAGUACUAUUAAUUCAUCACAGCACAAUAGUGGGAAAUCCAUAAAUUCAAAACCAUCUGACGAGGCUUUGAGAGGAAGUACAUCAAACAAUCACAGCCUUAGUUUACCUGUUAAUUCGCACCGAACGCAACAUGAUGACAACAAAAAUUUUAGUUAUACACUGCAAGAGAAUUAUCACAAUCAGCCGCAUCCUCGUGAUCAACUGAUCAACUCCUCCUCGACACAAAUUAGUCAAACCUCAAUUUAUCCAAAUAUCUCAAAUGUUAGUGUUCAACUUUCUCCUUCGAGCGAAAAUUCAAAAUUCGAUCCGUCUCCAAGCCAGUCAAGAAACUUGACUCUGCCAAGCCCCGAGCCACCUACCACUCACAAAUUACGAAGAAAACCACCAAGCGAGUUGGAUUCAUUUGACUUUGGGAACUUGAAUUCUAAUCCUAACUCACAAUUGCAAAGUCCACAAUUAAGUUCUAGAUCCAAGCAAAGUCCACAAGAUCGAGAUCAAAGCUCAGAUAGGGAAGUUCCUGGGAACAUUAUGGCGGAUUUGGAAUCUGAAAUUGAUCAUUUCUUGCAAAUGGAAGAUUCUCAUUCAAAUUCAAAUGAUUUGUCAAGUACUUAUUCAUCAAGAAAAGCUAUUUCUAAUCGUAAUAGUAAUAACUAUUUGGAAGAAACUGACGCAAUACAAAAUGAAUUCAUGAACGAUUUAAAUUCGAAUACUAGAAACUUCACUCAACUUGAAGAUCCAGUUACAGAUUUUCAUUUAACAAGAUCAAGACAAGAAGCUCCGUAUCCUAUAAACUCAAAUAUAGCAUCACCAGACGAUUCCAUAACUACUACACCUACAGAGUCCGUGGAAAACUCACCUCAAAUUAUACAGAACUAUAUGAUGGAUACGACAAACUUGGAGAAUAUAAAUCCAUUUGAAACAACUUUAGCGUCACAUGCGAAUUAUCAACAUUUUGAUUCUUCUUCGUCAAAUAGGUCAUCAAAUACUUCAAUGACAUCACCCAUCACACAAACCAAACAAUAUUAUGAAGCUUCCAUUGCUCCUUCAUCCUCUAAUGUUGCAACUACUGGAGUGGCUAGUACAAGAUCUUCAUAUUCCAGAGCGACUACAGGAUCAAACUCAAGAACUCGGCCAUUUGCUGAACAAUCUCCAUCAAUCUGCCAUAGCACACAAACUUCGCCUAGUUUACAACUACAAGAACAACAACGACAACAACAAGUACAACAACAGCAAGUACAACAACAACAACCACAACCCCACCAACUACAACAACCACAACAUUUACCGCUACAGCAAGUAACCCAGACAUUACCAACGCAACAAAUUUCAACAAAAGCACCCCAGUUACAACACACGAAGACGGAAAACUCACUCUUUUCAGAUGUGUCAUCUAUGAAAAAUUUCAACACUGCUGGAUCACUGCAACGAACAUAUCAUCGUACAUCAAGUUCAAUUGGAUCUAUAAGAAGCUCAAACUCAUAUCGAAAUGUCAACCUUGCCACACUUAAAAAGACAUUAAGCUUGAAACCUGGUGAAGGUGAAAGAUCAAAUUAUGUUUUAACUAUAAGAAGAAACGCAGGUACCGCAUUCAAUGAAUCUGGACCAUCUAAAUGGAAAUUACCUGUGGGAAUAUUACCUAUUGAUAAGACUGCUAUGAAAGACAAUUCAAACGGUAAAUAUAAACGAUUAGCCGGCAAUUCAAAUAAUGCAAAUUAUCGUAAAAAAACAAGUGGUGUAGAAUUGAAACAUGGACAUUUAAAACCGAGAUUAUUAGCAGCUGAAAUUGAUGAAGGUGAUGACUAUUCUACAAGUAUUACAUUGAAUAAAACUAGUCCUCCAAUAACAAACUCCUCAUCCACGACUUUGAAAAAUGCAACAUCGGGUCCGCAAUCAUUCAGUACAAAAGCUUCAAGGGAAAACUCAUUGAAAAGAACAACUACAGAUGGAUCUUUAUUAACUGGGGAUACACAAAGUCUAGAUAGUACUAAUACUGAAAGCACGAAAAAUCAUAAUAAUGGGCCCGGUCUUAAUCGAAAUGAUUCAAUUGUAUCAAGUGAUAGUUCAGGUAGUAUAUCAGAAAAAUUAACAACAGGAUACUAUCAACAUCGGGGAUAUAAAUAUGGAGAAAUAGACGAUUAUGAUUACAACGGCUCAAAAGAUAAUAGGGUUGAUGAGGACGAUGAUGACGCAACUGAAAUGAGUGAUAAUUGUGAUAACGUUAAUGAGGACAUGAAAGAUAAUAACCUAAACAAUAAGCAUCAUGGAAAUAUUGCACAUCUUAAUGGUUUUGGCAAUAAUGGAUUUGUGAACAACGAUACCGAGAUUGAAGACAGACCGAAAUUAGUUUUGGCUAAUCCUGACUAUAGUUCAGAUAGUGAUUGA